GUGGUUUCCUGUCCGUCUCUCUCUCUCUGUCUCUCUGUCUCUCUCUCUCACGCACACGACAUGGAAGCAGGGAAAUGGAGAAAGCAGCAGGACUGGCCGACAGCUGCCACGCAGCAGAGAGAGAGAGAGAGAGAGACAUCAAAGGCACUGGCGGCUCAUAAAAAGGCACUUAGUGCGGCAGUUAAGCAUCACCGCUGGCUGCCACCGAACACACAAAGACACAUGUUUUUAAAGCCUUACUGGCAGCUGCUCCCAUCGCCGGGGAUUAAAAGAGAUGGACGAGACAAAGGAGACCCCCGGAUAAGGAACCCGGAGAGAAAAAGGGGAGAGCGAUCAGCAACAUGAGACCCAAAUAAAUCAAGGCUCCAAAUCCCCCGAAAGGAGGAGGGUGGCACGCGUCAAGAGGAAGUGUGUCGGCGCCGAGGCGCUGCAGACACUGCAAAUCACGGGGGAAUGAAGACAAGAGUGCGGGGAGUAAUCAGCCAGAACGCCAGAAUCGCCUCCUUUGAAUCCUCCACUCCGCCCACAAGAUACAAGCCUUCUGUUCCUGUAUUUAUUUCCCAUUCACUCCAGCAGGAGGUUACUGAGGAGGACGCACGUUCACUCUGCUGGGCCUCUUCUCCUAGAUCUCCUUUUCUUGUUUUUUUUCUCCCUCUUUGAUGCUUCUCAAAGGACCAGACGGCGUUUCAGAAGAAAAAAAAGUUGUGUCAGAUUUAGAAAGAAGAAAAAAAAAGAAAAGCCCAGAGAGACACAGGCAGACAGAGAUUUUCCCCGGAGGUUCACGAGGAAGAAAGAGGAGACAGAUAAAGGUAGGGGUAAUCUGAGAGAGGGGGGGGGGAAGAGCACAGCUGUUGUGUGAAGAGAAAACACAGAUAAAGAAGGAAAGUGUGAAGGGCGAAGGAGAAGAGACCGACGAGGACGACCAAGGCUGGAAAGGAGAGGAAAAUAACUCAUCUCAAGGUUGAAGGUCAAGCCAGACCCGGAGGGAUAAAGAGGGAAACCGAACACCUGACAUCAAAUCACACGGCGGUGAGAAUGGAGGCGCAGCGCGAGGAGCGACCCCCUCCGGAGUGAAGGAGGAAAGGAGCCGGGAGGAGAGGAGGCGAUCUCCUCAUCAUGCUCCGUUCGGCUGGUUUCCCAACUUCAAACAACGUGCGCCGGAAGAGCAACUUCGUCCCCGGGUAGAAUGACGAGAGGAGCACAGAGAUCCCCGCCGAGCCUGUGACACCUCCCCCCCCACCCCACCCCACUCCCCUCCUCUUCCUCCUCUCAUCCCUCGCUCUCUUUCACCUCACUGACCUCCUCCGCCGUGAUAUCUCCUCACUAUGUGGAUACCAGCCCUGCUCCUAUGGAUGCUUAAUCUCAGCUCAGGACAAGACUAUGCGGACUUCUACCAGACUGGAGACAUGGGCACCGAGGCCCCGGUACCGUCAUCGGAUGACCGGCCCGGUUUGGAGUCGGUGACCAGCGUGGAUGAGCUUCUGCAGCUCCUCUACCCAGAGUACGGUUUGCUUCAGCAGUGCCUGAAGAAGAAAGCAUGGCACGCCUCCGCCCUGCCGGAUUUUUCCUCGGCGAGGCCUUCGGUCCACUCGGACACCGAGGAUCUGUGGGGGCAGCCGAGGGAGGAGGCCGUUUACAAGCUGGACGGGACUCUGGAAGUCAUCUUAGAGGAGGUGGCGCGGACCUCGUGCCAGCCCCGAGAGGUGUGCGUCGAGGUCGCCAAAGAGUACCCAGAGUCCACCAGCCAAUUCUACAUCCCCCACUGCGUGGCGCUGCACCGGUGCGGCGGUUGCUGCAACAGGGAGUCCUUCUACUGCGCCAACACGAGCCACGCGCUGGUCAACAAGACGUUGAUGGAACUUUCCCGGCCCACGAUGGAUCGCUCCGUCAUCAUGGGGACCUUCGUCAACCACACGUCGUGCGCGUGCUUCACCAAGCAGCCGCUGCACGCCAUCAUCAGACGAGCCGCGGCGGAUAACCUGUGUUCCCCGCCCCUCCGUCCCUGUGCCUCUGGGUCAUUGUGGGAUCCAGUGAACUGUCUGUGUGUCUCCACGGAGGCCAUAAACUACUCUGAGAGAGAGACGGGUCUGCUGGCUCUCUGCGGGCCCAACAGGGUUCUGCACGAGUCCACCUGCGAGUGUGUUUGUCGAAACGGACUCACCGAGGACAGCUGCGAUCCGGGAUGGAAGCUGGACCACGACACCUGCGAAUGCCAGUGCGAAGGUCAAGGUGAGGGGAAGUGGUGUCCCAGCGGCCAGCGGUGGGACGACGAGCUGUGCGGCUGCGUGUGCGCCGCCGACUGCCCCGGCAACCAGCCCCUGAACCCGGACACCUGCCUGUGCGAGUGCAGGGAGAGCCCGCAGUCGUGUCUGCGGCAGGGCAAGAGGUUCAACCCCAACUCCUGCAGUUGUUACAGGUUGUCGUGCAGAAAGGCCCGACGCGAGUGCCCGGUCGAUUUCCACUACAGCCACCAGGUCUGCCAGUGCAUCCCCAAGUACAUGAAGUGGAACUAAGCCAUGGCAGGCGGGCAGAAGGAGCAGGACUGCAGGCAACGCCGUGCAUCGCCCACCCCCCUCGACGACGUAGAGCCAAAAGCCUUUUGGCCUGAAGAGAAAGGCGGAGAAGGAGGAGGAAGGGCCUCCUGGGGGGGGUGGGGUGGAGCUACACAUGUACUCAAAACUUUUGACGGGAGGCCUCAAGGUGAGAAAAGCGAACAGCCACCCCCCGCCCCCCCCCCCCUCGAGUGACCCUCGCCCACAGGCCGAGCGAGGAGGUGCAUUUGACCCCGUGUGACGCCGAUCACGCGGGGCGGUCAGAACGGACCAAUCAGACGCCGACCCGCCACUCACCCCCCCCCCCCCCCCCCCCCCAACUGCCUGAGGGGGGGGUCCAUUCAAACACUAGAUCUUCAUUUUAACUAAGGAAUGGAGCGAGACUACUUUUUUUUUUUUUUAGGCUGCUGAGGAGAAAUUGUCUUCAGCUUCCUCAUUGGAUCCCAGUCUGUGUUUAAUUAGACGCUCUUAUAUCCUUCAGGUUCUACAUGCCUCUCACUAGUAAUUUACACACGGAGUAAUAUUAUUUGUAAAUAUUUAAAUCUUUUUCAUAUUUAAGUGAUAUUUUGAAGAGGGUAUCAUGUGGAUUUGUAAAAUACUGUAUUUAAGUCCCCAUCAAUACUCAGUACUAUAUAUUAUUUUGCAAUGAAACUAUUUACAUAGCUUUGUUUUGUUAGGUUAUUGUCACCAAUUUGAUUGGUGUUCAAUUGCCCAUUCACUUGCACUGCAAGAUCUACUUGCAAGCCACUACUGCAAGCCACAUACACCCAAUGAUUUUAAGGAUAAAGAAGAAGAGUACAACCAGAAUUUAUAGCAUUGUAGAUUCUUUUUGAGGUUCUGUUUUAGGGCUGAAGAGCAAAUUUGCUUUCUGGCUGUUCAAUAUUUAAAAUGAGUCAUGAAGUAUUGAUUAAAUUCCAUGUCAAACAGAUAUGUUGGUGUACCUAUUUUAUGUUAGUUUUUUUUUUUUUUUUAAAGGGUCGUCUGGCAGCAACAACCUGUGAGAAAUAUAAAAUGUAUCUAACAGGUUUAGAUAUUUUUUCAUUCGAAUGAACACCAAGUAACUUCUGCCCAACACCGGAACCGUGGCUAAAAAUGAUGAUUAUGGGAUGCCACUGACAUGCUGCGCGUGUUUAUUCAGAGAACUACGGUUUAGCCUUUAGCCAACGUGACUUUACAAUUAUAGAUCAUCGUGCUACGGUCCAACCAGACCAACUGGCUGCAGCAGCAAAACCCCUGAAUGUAUCCAGCUGAGCAAUCAUGUAUUUUAUUGCCAAUAAAUUAAACUUGGGAACAAAGUCUGUUUUUUUUCCCCUUCUAAGAGCAACACUUUGUUUUCAUGAGUCAUCGUGGUGAAUAUUUUCAUUUUAUCUAUAGAAUCGAUGACAAAGC